AGAAGAUCAGUGCAAUUUAUCAGAAAUCAUGGUGAAGAGAUUGGCCACCUUGGUGGGGUGCAACUACACCAACACCUCACACGAGCUGAAUGGGUGCAUCAACGACGUGCAAGCCAUGCGGGGUGUGCUCAUUGACCGCUUCGGCUUCCAGCCGAACGACAUUGAGCUCUUGACCGAUGCAACUAACUCGUCGAGCAAGCCGACGGGAGCGAACAUAAAGAGAGUGCUUGGCCGUAUGAUCGAUAUGGCAGAGCCAGGGGACAUCUUGUUCUUCCACUUCAGUGGGCACGGGACGCUCAUUUCAUCGACUGAUGACGCAAUCGUCCCAUGUGAUUUAAAUCUCAUUACGGACGUUGACUUUCGUAAACUAGUCCACCGCUUGCCAGAGGGAGCAAUCUUCACUAUCCUUUCCGACUCGUGCCACAGCGGCGGCCUCAUCGACAAGGAGACAGAGCAGAUCGGACCCCAUAGCUCUGUUCGCGAGCCCCGUCCUGAUGACGUGCUCAACGCCCGCCCGAAAUUCCUCUCCAUUGGUUCUAUCAUUAAUGCCCUGCUCCCCAUCUCCGGCCGUCUGUCCGUCGAAGCUCUCGGCGUGCACUUAACAGCGGCCUUCGGGAACGAGGCGAGUGCCAAAUACCUGCCACAUAGCUUCCAAUCCCGCGAAUUGAAGCCGGUGGGGCCCGACAAUGGGAUCCUGUUAAGCGGCUGCCAGAAGGACGAGGUGUCGUUGGACGUUCCGAGGCGCGAUGGGUCGAAAGCGUACGGCGCGUUCACCUACGAGGUUCUGGAGGUUUUGAAAGCGCAUCGAGGGCCGAUCAGCAAUAGGAAUUUGGUCAUACGUGUGAGGGAAAAGUUACAUGAGAAAAAGUACAAGCAGCAUCCUUGCCUCUACUGCAGUGACAAAAAUGCAAAAUUGUCUUUCCUGUUAGAAACCGCACGCUCGAACGAAUAG